AUGGCUAGCAACUUCUCCGACAUUUCAGGGAAUUCGCCUGUGAAGGAAUAUGAAAACCAUUUUAAGAAACGCAGUGAACCAGCACGACGGAUCAAGCUGUUGCCUCUUUCCGAAUUAUCCAGUCCUGGAGUCUAUGAAUUUGUUCCUAGUAAGACUAUGGUUAAUAAAAUGAAGAAAAUCACGCACAAACGCGAGCUCGUGGAGGCCGUGCGCAAGGCCAAUACUCCAAUAAUGUUGCCUGGACGAGAGACUGGUUCGAAACGCAGUUUGCAAGAGGAUACUGGAAGCAGUGUAAUGCUUGAGUUAAAUGCUGGUCAGCGAGAUAUUGAAUAUCUGGAAGGCGGGGUGCAUUUAAAUGCUCGAAAAUUCAACGAACUUAAACUCAUGGUGGAUCGAAGACAGCGCGAGCUUCACAGUCUUCUGGACGAGCUUCGAGUUCUGCAACUUGAACACGAAACACUUAGCAAGAUUCAAAACCAGGAUACUCCUGUAUCCAAACGGAACAAUCGAAUCAAGCAGGAAAUAGCACAGUGUACUGCUGGAAUGGAAGAGCAAAUGCACUCGCGGCGGCAACUGGAACACAUGAUUCGACGGUUGCAAACAACCCAGCUGCGUGUAGAUGCACAACUCACUGGAAUGACCACAGCAGUUAACAAUAGUGAGCGAGAAGUAGAAGAAGUACAACUGCUUUGUCGACAGCUCGAAGUAGGUAAAAGUCGUGCGGUUCAGUUUUUGCAGGAUGUGCAGUUGCAGAUACAAGUCGAGCGGAAGGCUCGAGCACGAGAUUUAGGAGACCACGAAGUGCGUGCAAGAAAUUCUCAAAAGAUGGAAACGUGGCGAUUGCAACGUAUUAAAGAGCGUGAUGAAAUGUUGGCUGAAUUGCGUGGCGACUUGUCAGCUGAGGAGGAAAGUCGAAUGUUGCUGAACAUUAGGAAACGAGAACAUGCAAGUGAAGCUUUAAACGCUGCUAACUUAAUCAAAGCACAAAAAUUUGCAGAUUUCGAAGCUUUGCUGGAUGAAAUUAAGCUAACGACAGGAGCCGCAAGUUUAACAGACGUGGUCGAAAAGAUAAAUGCUCAAGUCGCCACGAGCGUAUCACUGGAUAAGGAAAAGUUGGAAGCUGAGGAACGUCUUCUUGUCAGUCGGCGUAACAAAGAAUUAAUGUAUAAGGAGCUCAAUGAGCUUAAAGCGUCGUAUGUUGGGAAUCUAAACCUUGACCGCGAUUUAUAUAGCAGUCUGGAAAACGAAAUUCGACAAGCAAAAGUGACCCUUAGGGUCAACAAAUCUGCCGUUGAUCAUCUUAACGGAGUCAUGUCAGCAAUUCGACAGGAAUUUUCCGGGCUGGCGAAAAGACUCCAACCUUUUGAUGAUAUUUUGGAAGGUGGCCAUUGCCGUGUAGUAGAAGAGACUUCUAAUGACACAGAUUAUGAUAACAUGAUUCCAGUAAGCUCACAGUCAUCCUUUGGAACAAACUCAUUAACCAUGAUUGAGCUAAAGCUCACCAAAAUUUUCGAGAUCGUGGGUCAAUCGAUUUUAUCCGUCAACAGCUUAAGUGAGUAUGCCACUGCUUUUACAAAUGAUGAUGCAGGUGAUGAGAACACCCGAAACAACUUGGCGGAAGAGGAUGCAAGUGUUAAUUUGCUGGAAGACGACAACGCAAUGUGGUCCCCCAUUGCAAACAGCGAUCUCCAUCUUCACAAGAACAACAUUCGAGUUCGUCCAGCAGGCCAAAAUGGUGUCACUCUCGCUAUCAGCACCGAGGGACAGAACUCUGCUCGUACCGAAGCUUCUGCGGGCAAAAUAAAUCUUGGUGAAGAAAUAUGUGGAUCGGUGCUAUCGCGCGAUAUUUUGAAACAGACCAGUUCGCGUCACUAUACCGACGUGAUGCGCAAGAAAGAGCUGGCAGAAAGGCGUAAAGUGGCUAGCGAAAGAGGCAUUUCUGAUGAGGAAAUGAUGGCCAAAUUGCGAAAACGUAAUCAGGUCGAAACGAUUACUCGACUUGCGACGUCCCCAUUACGUCAUGGCGCACAAGUUUUUCUAGCUAGAGCUGCGAGUGGUAUUAAAGAUGUAGCUGUCGGCUCAACAAGCGUCUCAUCAUUAGCUAUUGCAACGCAAAUGCAAUUUAGUGAUCUUUAG